UGGCCUUCCUUCCAGUGUACGACUCGCAGAGCCGGAAAGCCUCUUGGCUUUGGAGACCUGCUUUUGGAUCUAACAAUUCCUUGAGAAGAGAAUAAGCACUCCCAGCAGCACGAUGAUGCUGGACUCCGUAAGCCACAGUACCUUCUUGCCAAACACAAUGCUAUGUGAAUCCCUGAUGUCUUGGUCAGAACUGUUUGGAGCACCUGAAGAAAACUACCCUCCAUUUGAUCACCUAACAGGUUCUGAUUUUUCCUGGACAUCUGUUCACCCCGAAUACUGGACGAGAAACAACGUAUGCGAGUGGCUACAAUUUUGUUGUGAUCAAUACAAACUGGAUGCCAACUGUAUUUCAUUUUCCCACUUUAACAUCAAUGGCCAACAACUGUGUGGCAUGACCCAAGAGGAGUUUCUAAAUGCUGCAGGCAUUUGUGGUGAAUACCUGUAUUUCAUCCUACAAAACAUCAAGGCUCAUGGUGUCUCCUUCUUUCAUGACAAUGAAGAUACAAAGUCAUCUGAAAAAGAUUAUAUUGAUAAGGCAUGUUUGAGGACAGGUGGCAUCAAGAGCCAAGAGUUUCAAAGUCACAGCAGAACAAGUCUACAGAGCUCUCACUUGUGGGAAUUUGUAAGAGACCUCCUCCUGUCUCCUGAGGAGAACGGUGGCAUUCUGGAAUGGGAAGACAGAGACCAAGGCAUCUUUCGAGUUGUUAAAUCAGACGCUCUAGCAAAGAUGUGGGGGCAAAGAAAGAAAAACGAUAGAAUGACCUACGAAAAACUAAGCAGAGCACUCAGAUACUAUUAUAAAACUGGUAUUUUGGAACGAGUGGACAGGAGGUUAGUGUACAAGUUUGGAAAGAACGCACAUGGAUGGCAAGAGAGCAAGCUAUGAAAUACGCUUUUGCUUCAGACUCACUGUCAAAUAUGCAACAUGAAGUCACCAAGGGAAGCUCUUUGCAGGACCUCCCUAGAUUCAUAACUGGAUAAAAUAGCAACAACAGACUUUGAGGAUUGUAUUGGGGAAUUCACUGUUCUCCAUAUUUUUUUUGGACUAGCAUCAUCAAAUGCUUGACACUUAUCAAAAUAGCACCCAAAAACUGCUCCAUAGAAUUAUACCAUAGUCUGGGGUUAUAUAUGUGGCAUUGUUCCCAGUGCCAAGAAGAGCAGCAGUUUGCCAGUCAGGGCUCCCCAGAGCAUCUUCUCAACUGCGCAAGAAUUUGUAACUCACACUUUAUGUGGUGAGAUCAAUGAGACAGCAAGAAAGUAGAAAGCCUGCGGCAAAUGCAGUUACACCAGAAAAUGUGAAGAGGUUAUGUGAAGAAGGGACACCAUAUUUCCAACCUAUCCAAGUCAAUAAGAAAGUACGGUGAACUUAGCUGUAUAUUAGAUUCCCUCGCUUAAUCCACAGUUCUGUCACUUUAAAAACAACAACAACAUAGAUUUCAAAAGAACACAUGCUUGAAAACUAAUUUCAAACGAGCCCAUAUAUUUAUCAAUUUUUAUUGACUCUCCCCCCCCCCCUGUUUCUGGUGCUUUCAGCACUGUAUGCACUUUAGUGCAAAUAGUUAUCACUUGUUUAUACUCUGUUAGUGGGUUGGUUGGUUGGUUGGUUGGUUGGUUGGUUAUAGUAAGUCAAACACUAUCUGACUCCAUAUUGUCCUACAUUAGUUUUUAUGGAGUAGAGUAUAUUGAGCAUGGGGACGGCAGAAUAUAAAUAUUUUAAAUAAAAAAAUAAAAAAAUAAAAUGAGGGUCUAUUUUACACACACACACACACACACACACACACACACUGGAAUUUGUGAAAGCAAAAUACUGUGGUUCUGGUUAAAGAAUAAUGAAAAAUAAGUUUGUGGGAACACUGCUGUAAUCUAGUAGAAUAACGCUGAAUCAUGUUGUUGUUUAGUCGUUUAGUCGUAUCCGACUCUUCAUGACCCCAUGGACCAGAGCACACCAGGCACUCCUGUCUUCCACUGCCUCCCGCAGUUUGGUCAAAUGUAUGAAUCAUAAUCCCUAUACGUGCAUCAGUUUAUACAUUUUCCUGCCACUCAUAUUCUUAUCUAACUAUCAUGUCUUUUCCACUCCUGCCUUCAGUGAGGCUCAGAAACUUAUGACAUUUCUAUAUCAGGCACUUAAAAUUGUGAUAUCCCCCCCUCUCCACUUCCUAAAGAGCUUAGAAGAUGGUGUUUUGUUGUUUUUUUAGGGUACUGAAGUUUCAUUAUUUGUAUUCCUAAAUCCCUCCACAACAUUUCGUGAUCAGCCAAUUUGUACAAUUAAACAGAUUUGAAACAUUUAAAAAUAUUGCAUAGCCAUGCACUUAAGACUAUGCAGGUACAAGAAUUCAGGCUAUAUAAAUCCUUCUGAACAUAUAUAACAGAUUAUGAAUAGAGUGGUUAUUUUUAAAGCAGUGUAUUUGUACUGUAACCUAAUAGCAAUUGUGCCUUUUAGGUUCAGGAUUCUACCUCAGGUGGUGCUUGACCAGUUUAACUGUGGGUUUUUGUUCAUCUUUAAAGCAGCAGGGCUUCUGCAAACUAACAUAGGCCUCUCCUACCCUGUCAGUUUUAGAAUUUGCUUUCUUUUAUCCUUUAAUGAUGGGCACAUCCUAAGCACAUUACAUGGAACUGAGUUACUCACAAGGAGCUGGCAGAGAUAAUAAAUCCCUUUUGGCAAGUGGAUAUUUUCUCAGGACUCAAACUCACCCAGGCCUGGGACACGACAGCCAUCCUGCUAUGGCCAGAGAAAGCAACUGUGGGGAUGUCAACCCGACCAAUGUGGAAGACUUGUAAGAAUGAUAGGUCACAGCUGGUUAAAGUGUACUCCCUGAUCCUUAACAGAUUUUAAGUCAAGUUUGUUCACUGAUCUGAGCAAUUUAGGGAUUUUUCUGCAGGUGCUGGUUUCCAGUUGAAUGUUGACCUUGUAUCUUUCCUUUUGGCUCACUUCAUCCCUGCCUUACCAUUUGAUUGUAGUUAGGACAAAAUGACAUCCUUUCGAUGAAGUAUUUAGUUUGGUGAUGUCUGCCCUCUGUGUUACUUCUCCCAGCCUGUUGUCCUUUUCAUGUCUUAAGAUGAGAAAUCAGACAUGACUCAUAUUUAUGUGCUGUAAUUUUGCCCAAUGUACCAAACCUUCCACCCCAUCACCUUUUUAGUUAUCUGAACUAAACACCGAGCAUAUUUUCAAUCACAGUGGUACACACCUGACAACUGCACUUUAUAUGAAAAAAAGUCCAGUUUAUUGCACAGCACCAAGACUGAGCCACAACAUAUAUUACAUGCAUCUGCUUCACAAUAAUUUUUAUACUUCUCCCUGGAAGUCUUGCUUUUAAUGUUACUGAACUAGAUUCAAUUUUGAUUUCAAGAGUGGAAUUUUUGUGGUGCUGAGUAAAGGGACACAGAGAACACGUCACAUCUAUGAUUUUCUUUUUUUAAAGAAAGAUCAACAGAGAAGGCUUAUCAAUAAUAUAGUUUACCACAUCUGUGAGGUGCCAGUUCACAGGCCUCGCACUGCUUUUUCUAUGAGCAUGUGCCCUUCUAGUCACUGCCAACUUACAGGUGAAUUCUGUAUUAUACAAUAAUGGGCUAUCUUGUGCCAAAAAAAGCUGCGUCUUAAUUCAUGUGAGUUUUCCCCACACCUUGUUCGUGGGUUUUUGUGACUCUGCUUUGUAAAGCUUCGUUUUAUUUGUUAAUUGUGAGGCGGCAUUGCCAUUCACAGGAUCUAGUUUGGACAUGUUAUUGCAAACAUUUAAAAGAAAGUGUGUGUUGUGGCUGAGAUCUAAAUGAAGCUGUGGUGCAGGGCCAUCUUAAGUUCAAAGAUCCCUCCGGCGCCCCCCCCCCCAAAUUCCCAGAGUUCCUGACUUUUUUACAGUGCUGCCGGCAGCUUUGUGGGGCUGGAGGAGCUGGGCAGCUGCUAGAGGGCGGCUCCUCUGGCAGGGAAGAGGUGGAGGCUCCGUGCACGGCACUGCUUUGCCGCGGCGGACGAGGGCUGUGAGCUGAUGCCUGGAAGCGCCACACCUAGCCUCCGCCUCUUCCCAGGCACCCUCCAGAACUCGGUGCGAACUUGGCACCCUGGUGCCCCGCGCCACUUGCCUUUAUGGGCAAGACGCCCCUGCUGUGGCGUUUGCCCGUUCUUUUGGAAACGUCUGUGCAGGGGGAGAGAAAGGGUUAAUAGGUAGACCAAUAGAAAAGCCCAGAGGCGAAGCCUACCUAAUUUUAAAAGGCUUAGCCAGAGGUUUAGACAGUGGGGAAGACAGUUGGAAAUAGAGAGACAGUUAGUUCGGUUGGUUUCUUGUGGGUGGGAGGCAUAGGAGUCAGAGUGGGUUAGAGACAGAGGGGAGACAGAGUGGAUCAGAUUACAGUGUUUCAAAGUAUUUAAAAUUUGUUUGCGUUUACAAUAAACUGGAAUCUUUGUUAAUACAUUACAACCUGAUAGAGUCUGAAUAUGUUACCAGGGAAACCUGGUUGGUGGCAGUGGAAGAGAAUAGAUGUGGUGAAACAGGGUCAAUAGUCCGUGGAAUAACCGGGGGCUCUGUGUGAACGCCACAGAAGCAUACAGUGAUUUCUGCACACUAUCAGAGAAAAGGCCCGGAGCUGCAUAUAUAGGACUUUCAGUUAUGUUUGCCAUAGUUAUUUGCAGGUCAAAACCCUAUUCACCUAGCAGGGCAUCUGGCUUGUAAAAUAAUAACAACAACCAGCACAUAAUUAAACAUUCCUUUAUCUCCACAUUACAAGUGAGACUUUCGAAAAUAGUUUGUCCUACAGCAUACUGGGGUUGUGUGAGGAGCUGCAAUUCAAAGAAAAAAUGCAUCUAAAGAAGCUCCUGCAUUCAGGUCCCCAAAUCUUUUGUUACUUGCGAGCAGUGCUGGUAUGAUGCUGUGCUAUGUUCAGGCCUGCUGGUGUUUUAAAAAGCAUGUAACCAUCUUGGAGUUGGCUAAAAAUGCACUAGAAUUUUUUCAGGUAGCACAGAAUACUUCCUUGGUGAGCAACACUUUGCCACAUGAGGGAAAGGCAGUUUAAGGGGGCAGAACCCAGUGUGCAAUUCUACGUUCCUUUCAAUGCAGCCGUUGAAGUCGCAUUCCAUAUAAAUUUAUGGUGUCGAAUGAAGCAUGGGUGUGAAGUGUGUGUGUGUGUGUGUUUAAAAAUAUUAAAUCCUGUACAAUUUUAGUACAAUAAUUUUGGAUUUGUAUAUUUUUCAAACCACUGCAGUUUGUAAAGUGUGCAUAAAAAAUUA